AUGCGACAGGCAGCGGAUAUCAAACUCAAGGCGCCGAUGACGAGACAGCUUCCACAUAAUGAAUCAUUCGUUGGCCGCAAGCGUACAGCUGAAGUUUUCGAAUGGGAAUCGUCCAAGGAGAAUGUCUUACCACUAAAGCGUGGCCGAAACGUAACAGAUCUGAACAAGUCCCUGCGCGACCACAACUCUUUCCAGACGAAGAUGCGCCUGGAGUACGAAGUAAAGGCUAAGGAAGAUGCUGUCGUGGCCUAUGAUGGAGAUGACCCAUUAGCCGCCUGGAUCGAGUACGUGCGCUGGCUCGAAGUCAAAAUGCCCGAGGACACACGCAAAAAAUUCACAGUGCUGGAAAAAUGCACGCGCGAGCUCAAAGACAAUUUGCGGUAUAAGAACGACAUGCGCUACAUUCGACUUUGGAUACAAUACGCAGACUUGGUAUCAAAUCCUAAAGAUAUUUUCAAAUUUUUAUACCAGAACAAGAUUGGUGAGCGUGUUUCGCUCUUCUACAUUGGCUGGGCAUACGUUCUUGAGACGAUGGCCAAUUACCCGCAAGCACACAAAAUUUAUCUGAAAGCUAGCCAGAAGAAUGCAGAGCCACAAGAUCUAUUAGAAAGGAAAUACAAUGAGUUUCAAAGACGAAUGAGUCGUCAAUGGCUGAGGAUGACUGAGGAGACCGGUGAUUGUGGAAUAGACGAGGUAACACACCGUCGUGCACUUGAAAGCUUGUCAACGUAUGGAAUUUUGGAACUAAAUGAUGCACAGCGUCAACAGCUUCACAUUCACCGAGCAUCGACUCGAUUGAAACGCAUUCAGAAAGAAAAUGCGCACAAACCGGUAUUUAGGGUCUACGAGGAUCCUGUUAGACACUCUGUUGAUCCUUUAGACGGUAAUAGUAAUUGGAAAAAGCUCGUGACUUUGCAGCAGCAGGACAAAGAGAAUGAACAAGAACCGCGCGGUUGGCAUCCAAACGGAUCUCGGCGAAAAAAUGAAGCCACAGCAAAUUCACACUAUGACUGUCAAUCGCCGCUGACCAGCCGUUCACAUGUCAGCCCGCUACAGGUUUUUGUGGAUGAUGAAUUUUCUGUACCUCAAAAUGAACCAAAGCGGCGAUCACCUCUGACACGUCGUUAUUUGACGCUUCGACAGCGGAUAGAUGGGAUGGCUACAGAGGAAGAGAUGCUUGCACAAAAACCACUAAAAAAUUUCUCUGCAGGGGACAAGAAGGUGCAAUUGUCCCAGCUUAGAAAAAAACAAGUCGAGAUAUCAAAUUAUGACUUCCAUCAGACCACAUCCACAACUGGUGAAGCCGUCUCGUUUGAAGAAAAUCGUGCACACGCAUACCAGCAGAUCGUGGACCGACGUUGCGAUCUCGAACACCAGGCCUACCGAAAUAUGAGUCCUGACGUCGAAUCUGCAUCCAAUGUGGUCUUGUCCUCGUCACUUGCUACCUCGUCUGUGAAAGCUUCAAAAGUUAUACAUGAGGCUAAUCCAACAGUGCUCAUGCAGCCUGCACCCACCGUGACUAGCCUUGCAAAAAGCACUGUUGACGGCGAAAGAGUACCUAUAGUUGCUACAGCACCGAGUGUGGGAGAGCGGGAUUGGGCUCGUCUUUGUCCACUUGUGGGGUAG